UCCAAAGAGAGGGCGACCCACUGCGCGGGAUUGGAGGGAAGAGCUCUCAAUUAAAGCGGGCCAGUGGCCAGCUUCCCUCUUGGAGUGCGAGCGCGCCCAGCUCCUCCCUUCGCGAGGAGAGGAGGAGGAGGAGGAGAGGAGAGGAGGGGGCGGCGCUGGCGGCGGGAGGAGGCUCCGUGUGUGUGUGUCAAAGGGGGGUUGGGGCUGCUGCUGCUCGCGGCUCCUGCGGGGACCAGCCUGCGCUGGAAGCAUCCCCUCCGGCGGGCAGGGCUGGCAACAUCCUGCCGCCAGGAAAGCAGAGGAAGCUGCUCUCGGGCUGCAGCUCGGCCUCCUCGAUGCGCUGCGCCGGCGGCGGGCGCGGCGGCGGCGGCGUCUGCAUCUCCGGCUCUCGCCGCCUGCGCGCUCCCCCGGCAGCUCACCGCCGAACGGCUGUUAAACCGACCACGCAGGGAAGCAGCCCGCUCCCUCCCCGGCGCUGCCUCUAAUCUGCCCUCGCCAGUCCGGCUCUCGCCCGACUCUUCGCUCCUGCAUCAUCCUUUAUCUGCUGCUCCUCAGGUCCCCCCGCCCUCCCCAACUCUGGCAGCAAAUAAAGUGUCUUCAUGAACCCCAAGGAUGUCCGGGAAGCACUAUAAAGGCCCUGAAGUCAGCUGUUGCAUCAAGUAUUUCAUAUUUGGCUUCAAUGUCAUUUUCUGGUUCCUGGGCAUAGCAUUUCUUGGAAUUGGGCUAUGGGCAUGGAAUGAAAAAGGAGUGCUAUCCAACAUCUCCUCCAUUACUGACUUGGGAGGCUUUGAUCCAGUUUGGCUCUUCCUUGUGGUAGGAGGAGUUAUGUUCAUUUUGGGGUUUGCAGGCUGCAUUGGAGCUCUGCGCGAGAACACAUUUCUUCUCAAGUUCUUCUCAGUAUUCCUGGGGAUCAUCUUCUUCCUGGAGCUCACGGCUGGUGUUUUGGCAUUUGUUUUCAAAGACUGGAUCAAAGACCAGCUGUACUUCUUUAUCAACAACAACAUCCGAGCCUACAGAGAUGACAUUGAUUUGCAAAACCUCAUAGACUUUACACAAGAAUAUUGGCAGUGCUGCGGGGCCUUUAGUGCUGAUGACUGGAACCUCAACAUCUACUUCAACUGCACGGACUCCAACGCCAGUCGAGAGCGCUGUGGUGUGCCCUUCUCCUGCUGCACUAAAGACCCUGCUGAAGAUGUCAUUAAUACUCAGUGUGGCUAUGAUGCCAGGCAAAAACCAGAAGUUGACCAACAGAUUGUCAUCUACACAAAAGGUUGUGUCCCCCAGUUUGAGAAAUGGCUUCAGGACAACCUCACUAUAGUAGCUGGCAUAUUCAUUGGAAUUGCAUUACUGCAGAUAUUUGGGAUAUGCCUGGCCCAGAAUUUGGUUAGUGAUAUCGAAGCUGUCAGAGCCAGCUGGUAAACUGGUUGACACAAGCAACAUAAGACACUGGACAACCUCAACUCUUGGGGACCUCCCCUGGGCCACUUGGACACCAAGCUAUAUGGAAAUGGGUGAUGGGAAAAGUCUCAAGUUCUCAGAUGGCUGGAACUGCAACAGCCCCUUGCUUUGUCCAGGGGGUGGGGGGAUCGCUCCAGCCACUUUCUUGCCAAUGAAACCUCUGCAGAUCUCCACUUGGAAAGGUGUUGAGCCGUGAAUCACUACUGUAUCCUUGACUGACCCACGGGUGGCUGCUCUUUCUUCCUCUUCGUGGGAAACAGUCUGUGUUGGUGGGACCUUGGUCACAGCGUAGGGUAGUGAUUGCGCUAUUUGUUCUCUGUGACUCAAACUUUGGGUAGCUGCCAAACGUGAGGCAAGUUCUCUCUUCAGUGUGCACCAGAGGAGUAGCAUGCAUUGCAGCAUCACUCCUGGGAAGAAAUCCAUCAGACAGAGAGCCACUUUUCACUUCUUGGAUGUUUUGCUUCCUAGCAAGAAAAAUCGCACUUCGCAGGACCUUCAGGAACUACUCGGUAACAUCUGUUGGGGAUCAAAGACCUUUAAUUAUCCCAUGACCGACUGCAACCUUGUUUCACUAGUGGGGGAAAUGGAAUUUGACUCCUGAAAUCAACACAUCUGGGGAAACGAGGGUUACUGCCAUUCUUCACCCUUUAAAAAAGUGUUAGUGAUAUAUACUGUAAGAGUGAAUGGUGAGGUUUCAGACCAACGUUCUAAUGAGGAGAACAAGAAAUGUGGUGAACUUAAAAUUAAAAACAACAACACAGUGUACCAAAUUUUGUGUGUAAACGUGUGGAUUCUAUGGAAGCAAGUCUGUUGGAAUCGUGGUUGCUUUCUUCUUGUUAUGCCUAGCAUUUGACACAUUUAGACAAAUGUACAAGAUGCACCCUUCGGUCCUCCUGAUGUGGAGCUUCUGCUUCCAGCCAUAUCCUGCAUGCUGUUGCUAUAAUCUUUUGGAAUCUGUUCAGUGAGCUGCCGCUGCCGCCUUCUUUUGGUAUCUGUGUUAUUCGGUAGGCUUCCAAUUCCACCUUGCUUAUUUAUUAGUGUAAAAGUGGGUGACGUGUCAAUAACUUGCAUCCCCUCAUCUUGUAAGGAGAGGGAAGGGUGUUCUUCCAUGCUUUCUCUUCCAUUCAGUUGCCCCUGUAGACCACUUGUGUCUCUCUUUAAAAACAAAACAAAAACUCCUCUGACUGAUUGCUGUCUCGAUGAUUUAUUUAAAUAGUAUAUUUUUAAAAAGGCUUUUAAGUGUGAGGUAGCCGUUGGACAUUUAAAGUCCCCAGUUUUGAAACAGGAGAAAACACUAUAAUUUGGGAGGAAGCACAAUACAGAAGAAUGAAACACUAAAACGCACACUGUUUGUGAUCCUAAAUAUGGUUUGUUUUUUUUAAAAAAAAAACCCUCUUCCUUUUGGGAAGUGGGUUUUGUUGGGGUCAGUCGGGCUUACUUCUCAAAGAAUGUGUUUAGGGUUCGGAUGUGGGUGUCUAUAUUUGACUUGUAUUUAAGCAGCGACAGAGAAUGGUGCCUUCUGUGGAAAAUAUUGAAUUUAGCUUUCUUAUCAAGAUGAUGCAGUGGAGCCUGAUCCUUUUGUGUCUGGGAAACAUUUUAGUUAAACUCUUUUCAGUACAUGGAAAGGGCUGAUGAUGGGUAUCUUAAAUACGACAUAGUGCAAGUAAAUUUCCAGAUGCUAAGGGGGCAGAGCUAUGUAGAAAUCCUAAUCUGAGAAGGAAAACUGAAGCAUCCUCAUACAAACUAUCCCUUAUUUUAGAGGGCUGUUCUAAUGGCCUGAAUGUCUAGCCCACUGACUGCCAUUUUGAACCACUAUCUUAAUUGCUAAGCAUUCCAUCUACAUGCUUGUCUUGUUAUUACCUCAUUGUUAGGAGACUCUGUUUGACUGAGUGUUGGACACUGUCCACACUCUUGGAGAUGUGCAACUCCAGUGGCUCUGUAAGUGUAUUAUAUAUUUUUAAAAAAUCAAAUUGACUUCAUUGUUCAGCAAGUCUUUGCUGCUUCUUUUAGCUUUGUUUGGGGAGUUGCCAAAGGGAAGGGAGUUUAACAUUUCAGCUUGGGGUGGCAAAAUACAAAUAUGGUGCGGGGUGUGUGUGUGUGUGUAAUCAUAAUAUUCUGAUACAACUUCAGUUUGGAUAGCUCAGGAGUAGCAUGCUCCAGACAUUUAAGACACCAACAUGCCCAGGGUGCCAAUGAGUAUGUUGAAGAAACAUUCCUUAUUGCUUCUGCUGCGACUGUAGGUUCCUGUGGAAGAAUCUCCAUUCUUUUGCUUGAAUAUCCACAGCUUUGUCGUGACUGAUUCUUGUCUUGUUUUGAUCCUUUGUCAUGGUUCUUUUCCCCCAGUGAUAUGUGAGUUCAUGCAGUCAUUUGUAACUCUGUGUAUGUGUGAUCACAUGGUGGCUGUUCCCUGUCACUUGGCCAUGCUUAAAGCCUUUUUUGUCAAUGGUUAAAUGCCAAGUGUUGGAAUAUCUGGCUGUGAUUGUAUAGCACACCCGCAGUGCAAUGGAUGAGCCUCACCCUGGGAAAACCUUUUUCAUUAUCCAGGUGUCUCUCCUGCCAGGUAGGGCAGGAGUUGCUGUCUUGUCUGGUUCCAGAGAGGAGUAGACCUAAAACAGAUAAAGUGGUGAUUUCUUUUUUCAAAACCUGGAACUUUUGUGUGUGUACAGGAUGUUUUGUUUGGGUACUGAAGGAAACAGAGAACUAAAAACUGAUUUAUUUUUAUUUAAAAACACCUUAUUUUCUAUUACCUUGCUUCAAGGUUGCUAUUAAGAUUAUUCCCCUUGUUUUGAUGUGUUUUUCCCUCCAGGUUUUUGUUUGUUUCACUAACUGCCUGUGUUUGGCAUGUUGCUUGAUGGCUGAUCCCAAGAGCCCAGUUGCACAAAUCACAAACUUAAUGAUUGUUUGAGAAUGCACCGCCUGCUGGCUUGCUAGGAGUUCUUAGAAAGAUAAAAAUCCUGUGUUUACUAGACAAAUGUUCACAGUUAUGGAGGGACAGCAGAUGAUUGCCAUGUGUCAAGACCAAGAGGUGUUCAUACUUGGUGAUCAUACUGUGCUCUACAGGCCUGCUCAGCUUAGGCCCCCCCCAGCUGUUUUUGAACUACAACUCCCAUAAUCCCCAGCCACAGUGGAUUAUGGGAGUUGUAGGCCAACAUCUUCAGGAGGGCCGAAGUUGAGCAGCCCUGAUUCUAAGUAGAGAAAUUAAAAUUUUUAAAGUUUGGUUCAACUCUCUCUCUCUUUUUUUUGGUUGAGUUUGGUUCAACUCUUUUUUUGUUUGCUCAAGUACUGGUAACAUCUGGAAAUACUGAAUUCCCUCUUUGUUUAGUGAUCCUUCUUGGCUCAAGCUUCUGAGCUCCAGUUCUAACUCUUCCAGUCUGAAGCUGGGGAAACCUUUGCUUUGAUUCUCCUCUGUUCCUGGAGCAGAGUCCUCCUUUGUUGUUUCAGCAGGAUCCUGACUUUGUUGGAAAUUAAGACAGGGAAUCUGGCCUCGGUGGGUCACCUGGUGUGUAAAUAAUAUCUGAAAUGUAAAUAUCAGCAUGCAAAUGGACUGCAGCUUGUAAAGGAUUGUAAUUCAUCACAAGUGUGUAUACCGAGGACAGUAUAACGUGCGAGGUGAGUUUGCUUGCAAUUUAAAAUUUAAGAGCUUAUUGUAUCCAUUGGUUCAAGCCUGGAAUGCUUUACUAGCCUGCCAUCUAGUGUCUGCUGGGCAAAACUGCAACUUGGCAAAAAAACGGGUCAGAGAACUGCCCCUAUUUUUAUUAUUAAGAACUCCUUUGAACUCCAUUGUUUUACUCUCUGCUUUGUGCCAUGAUAUUUGUCAACUGAAACCACAGGAGCUUCAUCUACUAGUUUUACUUUGGUAUUGUCUUAAAAAUGAAUCUUAUCUUCAUUAGUCAUGCCUACCAAAAACAUCUUGGAAGAGAGUAUUUAAAUUGGAAUAUUAAAAUCAACUCUCCUGGACGCCUGCCUGCAAAUGGGCCUGAGCAGGUCCGCAGUCACUGUGCUUUCUCUUUCUUCUCCUCAAGCAUCCCCCAAGAGCGCACUUGCAGGAAAGCACUCUUUCACUCCCAGGCUGGUGCUGCACUAGAUGCUCACUCAGGCCAACUUCCCUGAAAAAUUGAGUAGGAUGUACCUUUUGGGUUGCCACCAUGUUUACUACCCCUGCACCUCUUCUGCCAGAGGUGCAGAAAUUAAGCUAAUGAAGCUUUCAUAAAAACAAUGAAGGCCCAGCUAUGGUGUCCCUGCUGCUGUGCAGAAGCACAGGUCACCCGUGCAGAUUCUGUGUGAAAGAGGUGUGGUUUUGAGGUGGAUCGUGCUGCUGAAAUGCAUUCAGUUCCUAAAGGAAGCUCCUCUGUCGCUAGAGCCUACCUAAUUCUGUAAGCAGUUUGGGGCUCGUGCUCUCAGCCCAUGCAGCCUGUAAAUAGCAUUAGGCUUUAAACAACAAAAUAAACUUAACUCGUGAUGCAUACGGGCAUAAUAGAAGUCUUCAUAAUACACAGUGGCUGACAUGAUGUGCAGCCUACUAUCUCUGUAAUGUUGUAAUGGGGCUGCGGUGGACUCAUAAGCAGCCUUGAUACCGUUCAGAACAAGCCUUAGUGCUAAAUGGGGGAAACUGCAGUAGUGCUGCUUGCACACCCACUCUUUCUGAGCAGCGGCAACACAGCAACCCCAGUGCAGAGCAUCACGCAGAUGGUACGAUGCGCAUCAUGUCAUUCACCAUGAUUAGAAUAUAGAAGUGCAUCAGCGUUUUUAUCUUCCUGCUUUGGGAUAUGUCAACACACAACACCUAGAUAUCCUUAGUGUGGUCUGCUCUGGACAUGACCACUGCACCGGACAUGGUGGGAAAUGUUUGAUUGACAUGGAAAGGUACAGGUGGAAAGCGAUACACUAAGUUUGAAAAGCCAUGAAUAGAUACUGUGCAUCUUGGCUAGGCCUGUGCAUCUUUGUGAUCUCUCCUGGAUAACCCAUCUUGAGAUUUAAUUUUGAUCCUUUUUAAAAAUUUUGCUAAGUGUAUUGCUUCUCAGGAAUUCUCUCCAUGACAUAUUCAGAGAGAAAACUCUCUAUUCCGGGGACCAGCUCCAAAAUUUUACACAAUUGAGGGUGGCAGUGAGAGUUAAACACCAUCGGUUAGCCUGGAAAUGUUUUGUGUUUAAAUUGGGAAUAGCUAGUUUCUCUUUUGGGGGAGAUAUGAACAUCUGCUGUAGGUAUUCCAGGGCUUUACAGUGACUUCCGCAUCUUCCCACCCAUCCACCCCCAGUGAGCCUCUAAUCCAGUUCAGAGGUUAUCCAGACCAAAGGUCCAUCUUUGUGAUGCAUGAGUAGAUGUGCCCCCUCAUCAUGAAAUAUGGACCACAAAGCAAGAUCAUGAGAUCUCUCUUCCCCCUCUCCUUGACUUUUCCCAAUCCAGAUUUGUGAGAUCCAAUCCAAUCCAGCACAACAGGAUCUUCUUCCAUUUGUAUAAGAACUGAACCAGGCAUCAAUCUUAUGUAGCACUGUGUCACCCUCAUUGCUUGCAGAUGCCAUGGGGGAAGAGAGGCAGUGCAUUUCAAUACAUUAUGGCCGGGGUUCUCAAACUUGGGUCCUGAAAUGUUGGACUACAACUGUCAACAACCCCAGCCACAACGGUCAAAGAGCCAUUGUGGCUGGGGAUGGGAGAUGUAGUCCAACAUUAUAUCAGGACCCAAUUUUGAGAGCCCCCGAAUUAUGGAAUAACCAAGAAUGGCAUCACCUAUGUGACCGCACUAUGGUUGGUCUUAAGUCCGUGCAGUGCACUUGAGUUGAAACAUUGUUGAGGGGCAAACAGUGUCUGUGUGUGCUCUUGAUAAAGUUAAGCGCUUCCUAAAGCGAAGGGUCAGCCAUACUGAACCACUGUAGAUACUACUUACACUAUGAAUGAUGAUGAAAUAAGCUACACCUGUAAGUGUGUCUGAUUGCAUAGUAUGUGCCUAGCAAAAAAUGAGCCAGAAACCGAUGUGUUCUGUUCACACUCAAACGUCAAAGGAGCAGACCGGGCAUGGGAGUCUCUAACACUGCCUGCUUCUCAUACAGAAAAAUACUCAACUCCUCCCUAAAUUGUUGCACGUCCCAGUGAAGGGCACUCAGUGUAUUUACCAUUGUGUCGUUAAUUUUCAGACGAAUGUAUUCUCCUGUGUUGAGAGAGUCUUGUAAGUUGCAAAAUUGAUUGUAAAAGCCAAUUACACUUACUUGAUUGAAAGUAUUGUUAUAACAGAACUGCAUGCCCGUACAGUUGGACUGAGAUUGUGUUGUCUCAUUGCCAGGUGGUCACUCUCAGUCUAGAAGUGGAUAUAUUUUGCUUUUGUGUCAUCUUCAUAUUAGAAUUUGGUAUAUUGUAGACCAUGUGGAUUUCGAUGUGACUGGACUUAAUACAUGAAGUUAACACAACUUCUUGGUGUUCAUUUUAAGAUAUUGGAGUGGUUUCUUGUCAUGUUCUUUGUAUUAUUUUUUUUUAAUAAAUGCAGUUUUUAGGAAUGUUAAUACAUUGGAUGAACAAUAUAGUUUUACUAGUUGUGCAGUAUUCUGUAUUUACUUGAAGUAAAUCAUUUUAUAUGCAAUUUGUUAGUAUAAUUACAGUUUUUAUAAAUAAACUUGAGUGACAUUUG